AUGGCCACUCUACUACCCAAGAGUGUCCGUAUUCUAUUUCGUACUUACGUGGGUCUUCCCGACGUUACACGAGAGGCCUUCCUCUUUGGGCAGUACGCUCUGCACCUUCUCAAGGCGUCUUUCUUCCCCGACCAAGAUUUGCCGAAGGUGCCCAAGCUUGAGCUCUAUCGACGCGCACAAGUCCAACAGAUCGCAGACGCUGCCCACGCAGCGCUGCGAAACCCAGCCAGAGUGAAUUGGAAACUGCGCGACCUUCUUGCUGCUGUCCAGGAGCCCGACUUCGACCCCGACCAACUCUGGAAACGUUUCCCGCCCCUUGGCCCUCACACCGGAAAGCCUCCAGGCCGUUUCAGUCCCGAAUGGACUCCAGAGGUUGUCGUUGAUCAGGAGGGGUAUAUUCUCUUGUGGUAUUUCCCAUCCGUCAUCCGAGACCAGUACAUACAACAAAUUCUUCAAACUCUUCGUUCUUGCAAAGAGGGCAAGAGCUUCUUCUCCUCGAAGGAUGAUGGCACCUGGCGAAGACACGAGGGGAACUUUUACGGCGGAGAUUUCCAAACCACUCCACAAGGGAUGGCAUUGUUGUUUCCGGUGGCGUCCAGAAGCGCUCGUGGUUCCGAUUCUGAGAGGACAUACGGCCCCUCGAAAUGUUUUCGGAAGCGCAUCGAAAACGCAUUUACGGCCGUAGGACAACUCAUGGACCCCCUUGCUCUCCUUUCCGCAAUUUCGGCCGUAACCCAACCGACGCAGUUCCAUGCAGGCGUCUCUGUGCUGGAGAGCUUUCACAAAGGCGAAUUGGAAAUCGACGAUGCUGACCUAUUCACUGAGGUUCUCGAAAAUUGGGCGGCCACCUACCACGCCAUCGCUAUUUACAACAACCACAACCCACCGCUACACACCGAAGAGCUCAUCCCACAUUUAUUUUACGAAACGUUCCUCUCGUGCGGCAGCUCCCCUUCCACCACGCGUUUUAUAUGCGCCACCCACCGCUGGCUCUCCGAGCCAACCUCUGACUCUGUUGUGAUGGUAGGUUCGCACUAUCAUCAACUCAUUAAAUAUUACGAGUCCAAGGAUGACGACCCAUUCAACGGCCAAACCGGGCCUUUCACCUCGCCCGACUUACUUCGAUACCUUGAGGACAAUAUCACAGUCUAA